AUGGGUGUCGAAUCUGCCGUCCGAAAAGGUUCCUCCCGGCCAGCCGCGCCCGAAGGUUUCGAAGCUGCCGUCGAGGAUGUUCGUCCCUGCGCCGCGCCCGAUGUUCGAGAUGUUGACAAACUGCGGAGCUGGGGAAUCGACUCCCCUCUGUUCGUCGGGGAAGAGAAUAGGAGAAUCGGGAGAAAGGUUAGGGUUCUUGAGUUUAUUUGGGGGAAGUCGAGGGAGGGAGGGAAGGGGUAA